AUGUCCAAGUCUUGCAAGGGCCUGGCGUACGAGCUCGUCAAGUGCGUCGCGGAAAGCCCGUGCGUGAAGGAGCAAGGUCGGCCGGUGCAGGAGUGCGCAGGAAAGCAGCCGCCUGAGAUCCCGUCCAAGUGUGUGGGGCUGAGGGAAACUUACGCCAAGUGCAAGAGAGGGCAGGUGGACAUGCGAACACGGAUUCGAGGCAACAAAGGAGAAACGGAAAAUGGCUUGCCAAUACCCAUACGGGUUCCUGCUGACACCAAUGUUUUGCUGCUUACGGUAUAUCUUUGUCUUGUCAUCUAG